AUGGCUUAUUACCUGAUUGCAUUUAUCUGCUUCUGGAGGUUGGUGGCGUCGCAGUCGAAUUACGCCGAUCAAGCCAAUAAUAUUGAAUAUGUCGGCGAAGGGCUUCCUCAAUUUUCCACUCUCGACGGGAAAGUUACGAAGCUGGACGAUUUGAGUCCAGUAAUUUUUUUGAAUAGGACAAGGGCGGCUUUGAACUGUGCCGCUGGAUCGAUGGAAAUCGAGCUCAAAUUCAAUGACAAAUUUUACGGUCUCGCUUAUGCCGAUUUCGAUCGAAAUUCCGCUUGCCAAGUUGCUGGUAAGGGUGCUACCAGUUACAAACUAGAGCUACCCCUUAAAGGAUGCGGUACCAAACAAGAUCCUCAACGAGUGUUUACAAAUAACAUCGUUGUGAGGUUCCAUCCAGGUUUGGAGAUGGAUGGUGACGAAAUUAUAACCAUAGUUUGCAGAUAUCCCCCGCCCGUUACGAUGUUACCAAUUAUACCGGAAUAUGUCGCGCAAGUAACCGCGGCUCCAGUGGUUGAACCUCCACUGAAUGGAUUCCAAAUUUUGUUGAUUAUCUGUGCAAUUCUAUUUCUGUCACUUUUAUUGUUGGGGCUUGGUUGCUCGUAUUAUUGCUUGCGACGCCGAACGGAGCCCGCCAUUGGUCAUGUUCCAUUCUCAACAAUUGGCACCGAAUCAGAAAUAACAAAAUUGUCUGGAAGUUCGCUGGGAAAUAUUUCAAUGUUUGAAGGAUUGAAAAUUCCACGAGCUCAUGCAGCAGUUCCCGCUCCUGGUAGUACAUCGGGCAGUGAAGGUCCUUUAAUCAGUGACACUCUCCCCUCAGAUUAUCCUUCAGAGUCUCAUUCUGAGAUAGAAUGCGACGCACGAUCCCUUCCUGUAUCUUCAGCUGGCAGUUUUGAUAAUAGAGCUUAUAUUCAUGAUAAUAGCAGCUUUUAUAGCGAAGGUUAUGGUCAUACGCAAGAACAAAGUAUUCAAAAUGCCGUGGCUUUACCUGUAACUGCACCUAGACUUCCCAUGGCGAUAAAAGACCAACCCAAGUUUGACGUACAAGUUCGAGUCAAAAAAGCGCCACCUCCAUCUCCUCCCAGUCUUUCAGAUACCGAAAGCUCUAUAGCGCGCACAGAACGUAAUCUAUCGACUAUUUUAGAACAAAGGGAAGAAAGCGUGAGAAGCGUGGACAUUCCUGUUGUUGAAAGAAUGCAAUUUUCGUAUGUACCUGAAUUACACGCACUGCCAAAACAUAUUCAGCCGGCCCCUACAUUUAACAGGAUUCUAAGACGUCAACAAGAAAUGCACGACGAACUAGAUGCACCUAGAAUGGCACCAGCUAGGUCUUUAGCAUCGCUUAAUACCGAAAUGACAGAUACACAUUCUUUAACUGAAAUGAUUGACAAUACACAUUCGAAGUUUGUCGCCCCAGUGCCACCACCCCCACCCCCCAUCGUUCCUCAGCAAAGGUACGUUAUGGAACUGGAACAACCCCGAUCACUGGAACCACCCAUCGCAGUCGUACAUAAACCGGAAAUAACUUCCCAUAUGGUCGACGAUGUUUUCCUCAGAACGAUCACGGAAAAGAAGACUAUCGAAGAUAUAGAGCGUCAUAAGCGUUUAAUAACGGAGUACCAUUCACGACCAAAGCCCGUCGUGCAGAAGUGGGACGUCACCAUUAAAAACUAUCCAGUCGAAAUGCCCGAACCGCCAGAGUGGGAGAACUUCUCCGACGUUUCUUCUGCUUCGGGAUUAACACUGACACCGAAAAUGGAAAGAGUCCAAAUGAGUUUGCCUCCACAGAAUCAAAUCAGAGACAACAAGUUACCAUUAAAUUCUCCCGAACUGGUCGGCAGUCUCAAUCAGCAUACGACCGAGCAUGAGAUUUCAAAUGAGGCGUUCUUCGAAACGUUCAAAAUACCACGCGAAAAUCCUCAAGUACCCAAUUGGAAUGUGUUGAUACGCGUACUGCAACCAUCGGAAGACGAUGGCCCGGUUAUCGAAAAUGCGGAAUCGUUCAAUUCGCAACUAACCAUGGCCGAUAGGAUCAAAUGGCGUCAAAUUAUUACGACAGAAUCUACACUUCGAACCAUGUUAUCGGAGGCCGUAGUGCGCGAAGAUUUUGAACGUGUGCGAAUGGAUCACAGAUAUGAAAGAUUAUUUGAACCACCAAAGUGGGACGUUAUCAUUCGUAUAUUGUCACCAGACCGGCCUAAGAACCAAUCUAGAUUCCGUAAAAAGUCAGAUUGGGAUAAUCGUAGCCGAAGAAGUAGUUUACCUACACUGUACGAAUACGAUUCGGACGGAGGCAGCUCUGUAAGAACUCUGACCAAUGAUCCUAUGGCCCAUGCAAAUCUCCCACCACGAGGUCCUCGAGGUUCAAGAUCCAGUUAUAGAAGUGAGGCUGACCUAAGGUCAAUGUCUGAAAUGAUAGUAGAUUUCGGCCGUCCAGAUCAAAGUGACUAUCAUUCGGAAGCUUCAAGCUAUUAUCCCGGACCGUCACGUUAUUACGAUGACUCUGAUCAAGUUGAUUACGGUCAUCCUACUUUGGCACGCUCCUUAAGUCAGCCAAGUCUCGCGCGAUCUGCGAGCGAAUUCACCGAACGCUGGGUUGCACCAUCUCGUUACGAUACUGCAAGUGAGUUCACUUCACCCGAAGGAACACCGAAAUCCCAACGCAGUACGAAAAUACAACCGUACCACAUUCCCCGAGGAUCCGCUCAACACAGUUCAAUGUGGCAAGAAUCGAGUCAUGUUGCAGGGGUCCCAGGAGGACCGAAAAUGGUAACUCAAGAGUAUAGAAGGGAAAUGACUACUAGUUUUAGGAGUACCAACCAGGAUUGGUUUGCCGACAAUGAGAGCGAAGCAAAUUAUAAAUAAUUAAAUUUUAAGUAAUGCCAUUAGUUUUAUUUAUGAAAAGUGAUGCCAUGUAAUACUAACACUGCCUUACAAAAAGACGUAUUUGAAUUCAGAAAAAUGACAAAAAAAAUGCUUUUAAUUAAUUAAGUACGAACUUAGUAAUAAUAAGCGUAAUUUUGUUUAAGUUUAGCAGUAUAAAUUAUUAAAUACUGUGAUAACCGAGAUCACUAAUUAUAAUAAAUGCAAUCUAAUACUUUAUUUUAGUUUCAUACCCGAUUUUUCACUUAUCCACAGUUUCUAGUGGGCAACUGCAGAAUUGGGUUCUUUUGUUAAUCUUGUAAUUUCAGUAAAAUCCUAUUCUCGUUCAAGACUUGCUUAGUUUUGUACAGGAUAACUCUCUGUAAGGUGAUGGGACGUUCAGGGGCUUAAA